UUAAGAAUUUGCGCGGAUUUUCGCAAUGUGACAACAAAAUAGUUGUUCAAGCUCGAGUCGAAGCUUGUAAAUAAAACCUCAAGCAUUCUCAAGUGACUUUAAACUGUAUAUACAAUCACGUAAAGAUAACCUAGUUGUUUUUUCAUCGUGUAGAACACAUUUCUUCAUAAACAUGGCCAAGAGAAAAUCCUUCAAUCGUGUAUCCCGACGAUACUCCAAGCAUAGAUCCACCGACUCCUUCGGUUCUGGACAUCUCGAUCCUGAUACAGCCAUCGUAGAUGAAGAACAAACAUUUUGGUGGAAUAACUUGGAGGAGAAUACGUUCCCUCCGCAUUCCAUAAUUUACAAUGAAAAUGAAACGGCUAGGCAGCUGAGUGCCAAUUCAAGGAUUGAUUCUAGUCAGAGUUCCGUUGCUACAGGAUGGUGGAAAAAUUUGGACUCUGAUAACGAACCCAUUGCUUCAACAAGCUCAAGGCGUAGUGCAGCAAUAAUUAAAAGAAAAAUAUUGCAAACUUCGUCAUCUGAGUCAGAGAAAGAGCUUGAUUUAAGAAAGAGGAAGGUUCGUUUAAAAGCAAAUAAUAGGAAGAGUGUCAACAAUGCCUUUUCAAAUGCUUUGAAUGAUUCCGAGGAAACUAUGCCAUUACAAUUGUGGAUGAAACAAGUCCACUCUGAAGUACAUAGCGAUUCAGACAAUGAAUCUUCACAAAGAAGGUUGCAGGAAAAUGAAGAGGAUAGUAAUUCGAGCUCAACUUCGAAGAUUUUGAAAUCAAAGCCAAAUAUUUUUAGAACAAGAAGAAGUGGAGGUGGUAGGAAAGAUCAGAACGCUUUUCAGGAUGUACUAUCGGAAGAUGAUGUUUUGAAUGGCAGCACUGCUAAAACAUCAGUCGCAUUCGAAAAGGAAUCCUCGAAGUGCCGAAAUAUUAAUACGAGUAAAGAUCAUAUUGACGAUCAAAGGGAAUCAAUAAGAGCGGUAGAAAAUAUUGAAACUGGUUCUUUAACUCCAAAUGUUGAGAAGGUAGUGCCUCGGAAUAAUGCUGAGAUUGUUCAAAGUAGCGAUGAAAGCAUCGUUAUACAUUACCAAGAUGUAAAAUUUAAAUCUCGCUUUAUGCAGCAAACGCGGAAAAGCAUAGGAAAAAAUGCCUUUGCAGAUGCUCUAAUUGAUGACAGUAACGCAAGUUUGUCUACAUCUAAUCCAAAUAAGGAAAACAGUAGAUCUUUAAUGUCACGAUCAUUACCUUUAAGAAGAUCUAAGACCAACAUCGAUAUUAUACCUGAAAGUUCAACAAUUCGUAAAAGUUCAAGAUCAUCUUUAAAUAUAGCUAAAAAGCAGCAAUCAGACAUAUCUGUGCAAGACAAAGAUAAUAUUGAAACAAAUUUGAGCAACUCAUACUUGGAUAAUGAUGAAUCCCGCAGAACGAAAAGGUCCGUAUUUUUUAACCCAAAAUCAAAAAUUCUAAACUAUUCCCGUAAGCGCUCAACUAAUCCGUUCGAAGAAAUUUUUAAGCAAGGUAAUACCGGUGAUAGAAGAAGUAAUGUUUCAACUGAAGAUGAUCGUGCUUCUUUUGAGCGAGAAACUACAAGGAUUAACCAGGAACGUAAAUCUUUAGUAGCACAGAAAGACCCACAAUCAGAAAAGAGUAAUACUACGAAUGAGGAAGAUUUUUAUGAAAUAUCUCUCCAGGUGUCACCAAACGUCGAAAAAAGUAGAUCUAAGGAAUCUAAUAUAUUACCGGAAGACGAGAAUAAACUAUUAGAAAACAGCGAUCUCAAUAAUACAUCAAAAUCAAUUUCUCAAAAGAAUGUAAUAGCUAAAUCGUCAGAAGAAAAGAUUUCCAGCCGCAAGUCUAUUAGGGAAAAAACUUUGAAGGAACCUGCACAUGCAAACGCAAUAUCGCCCGUCGGUAGAUUAAGUACUAAUGAGACAGUAAUACAAGAUGUAAGUGACGAUGCUGACGUAGAUGUAAAUAUAUCCGAAUCAAGUUCUGAUAAUGAAACUCGUUUGGCGCGUAACAGUUUAAGAAAUCGGUCUGAAACACCUGAGAAUAUAGAAGUACAUGAAGUUAAUGAUAAUUUACACAAUGCAAGUAGAGAACAUGAUUCAAGUACGCUCAAACGAUUGUCUAAAUUAAUCCCUACUAAGGAAGCUCGUUUGACGCGUAACAGUUUAAGAAUUCGGUCUGAAACACCAAAGCCUGCAAAUAUAGAAGUACAUGAAAAUAUUAAUAAUUCGCGCAAUGAUGUAAAUAAAGAACACGAUUCGAAUAUGUUCAAACGAUUGUCCCAAUUACGCCCUAGUAAGGAAGUUCGUUUGACGCGUAACAGUUUAAGAACUCGGUCUGAAACAUCUGUGAAUAUAGAAGUACGUGAAGAUAAUGAUAAUUUACACGAUGUAAGUAGAAAACAUGAUUCGAGUAGGCUCAAACGAUCGUCUAAAUUAAGCCCUAGUAAGGAAGCUCGUUUGACGCGUAACAGUUUAAGAACUCGGUCUGAAACUCCUGGGAAUAUAGAAGUACGUGAAGCUAAUGAUAAUUUACACAAUGCAAGUAGAGAAGAUGAUUCAAAUAUGCUCAAACGAUCGUCUAAAUUAAGCCCUAGUAAGGAAGCUCGUUUGACGCGUAACAGUUUAAGAACUCGGUCUGAAACACCUGGGAAUAUAGAAGUACGUGAAGCUAAUGAUAAUUUACACAAUGCAAGUAGAGAAGAUGAUUCAAGUACGCUCAAACGAUCGUCUAAAUUAAGCUCUAGUAAGGAAGCUCGUUUGAUGCGUAAUAGUUUAAGAAAUCGGUCUAAAACAUCAAAGCCUGCGAAUAUAGAAGUACAUGAAGAUAUUAAUAAUUCGCGCAGUGAUGCCAAUAGUAAACAUGAUUCAAAUAUGCUCGAACAAUUGUCCAAAUCAAAUCCUAGUAAGGAAGGUCAUUUGACACAUAACAAUUCAAGAAAUCAAUCUGAAACACUGAAACCUACGAGUAAAAAUAUGGAAGUCUCUAAGCGAUCUAUGAAUUUGAUCGCCGAUGUUGAAGAAGACAAUAAUGUAAAUGUAGACUCAGAAACAAGUGAUGAUAUAUCGUACACAAUAACGAGAGCAAAUAUACAUUCUAAAGGUAAUACAAAUAUAGGAACACAGAAAAGCAUUUUAUCAACUGAAAAAGAAACGAUUGAUGACGAAGAUGCAGAACCUGCGAUACAAACAAUUCAGCGAAAUUCUUUGACAAAACCUGGAACAAGUAAGAAAGAUCAUUUGACGCAUAACAAUUCAAGAAAUCAAUCUGAAACACUGAAACCUACGAGUAAAAAUAUGGAAGUCUCUAAGCGAUCUAUGAAUUUGAUCGCCGAUGUUGAAGAAGACAAUAAUGUAAAUGUAGACUCAGAAACAAGUGAUGAUAUAUCGUACACAAUAACGAGAGCAAAUAUACAUUCUAAAGGUAAUACAAAUAUAGGAACACUGAAAAGCACUUUACCAACUGAAAAAGAAACGAUUGAUGACGAAGAUGCAGAACCUGCGAUACAAACAAUUCAGCGAAAUUCUUUAACAAAACCUGGAACAAGUAAAACAAUAAAUCGGCAAAGUGUGCAGAGUUCAAAUAGAACCAGCAUUAAGGACAGAGAAAUUGCACAUAGACAAAAAAGUUUGGGCAAGUCUCAAAACUAUCGCAAUACGCCGACUAAAUCGUCAAGUAAAGAUAUUUCUUCCAAUAAGCAAAGUUCAUCUAAGACACUAAAGAAAAUAGAUGAUUUUUUCAAAAUAAAAGAAACUUUGACGAAACAACUAAGCGAACCCUCGCAAAAGUCGCCAGUCUUUGACAGUGAGAAAAUGAAGAAGAUUAAAAUGGAAUUGGAAAAGCUGAAGAGUCGCGAGAUGGCCGCGAUGAAAAUAAACCCGAUCGAUAAGAAAGAAUUUGCAGUAAAAAAUGAAAGAAUGAAAUUUGUUAUACCUAAACAAGAUACGAAGAAGAAAAAGAAGCCGCUCAUAAAUUCUACGGUAGUAGUGGAUAAGGCAUUUCUAAUAAAUGGAAAGGUGUAUAGACCACCAAGGCUUCCUCGUCCGAAACAUUGGGUCACAGAUCGUCUUUACAAGUUUCUGUGGAAACACUUGGAACCAAAGUACAAACUGGCCACGAGAGUGAAAUCCGAGAAAUUCGUGCAGGAAUUAGCUAAGGUAGUAGCUAUUAUUGAACGUCGUAAGAGUUACGAAAAUUAUAAGACCGAAUUAAAGACUCUGAUGAAGGAAAUGGCUCGUUUGAAACUUAUCGAUACUCGUAUGGACUUUUAUCAUUUCUGUCAGGAUUUUUUACCGUAUGAAUUUCGUGUUAAAGUUAUACCUAUGCUAUUACCCGGCAAUAAAAGUAAUAUUCCCUUCAAUCCAGAAAAUGUGCAUACUCCUUUACUUGAUACCGAAUGAGUAAUCAUAGAAAAUGUAAUUACAAUACGAUAGAAUAUAUUAAUUAUGUUUAAG